AAAAAUCGACGUGUAGGGUAGGCAUAGGAUAGGACAGCUUUUGUAGAAGGCAACACUGCCACUGCUUGGCUGCUUCCCAUCCAUUCUCUCUCCCCCCCUCUCUCUCUCUAUCUCUACUCCUCUGUACAAUUUUGGUGGUUUUUAAUUUUAUCUUUCUUUGGGUGUCCAAGAAUAUUUCUUUGCUUUGCUUUAUUGACAUCGCACGCAUAUUCACAGAGGUGAAUCGUGUGGGGGAAUUGGAUUAAUUGUACCGACCUGCUUUUUUGAUUUGGAGAAGAGGAGAGAGAGAGAGAAAGAGAGGAGAAGAGAAAGAACCUGAUGCUUCUUCAUGAGUUGAUGUGCCAUUUCCAUGGGUGAGUAGUACUGAGUGGGGAUAGGUGUUGUUAGUUUUCCUCUUCUUGCUUUCUUUCUUCACUUGCCAUAUAUGCAUACGAUACUCUCUUUCUCUCUCUAUUUCUUCCCCUCUCUCUCAUUCUUCAAUUUCAUUUUUCUGCUCUCCACCAAAUCGAUGAAGAAUUCAAAUCCCGCAGAUUCUUGUAUUUCCUGUUGAUCCAGCCACAUAAAAUAACAACCGUUGAGGGUUUGAUCAAGGCCAUUUCUCUCUCUUUUAUUCUCAAUUGGGCUUCGAGGAAAGAGUAGUAGUGAGAGAUGAUGAACAACCACCCUUGAAAUUCAUUGAUUUUUUGAGUUCAUGAGAUACCCUUGUAGAAAGAUCUAGAAUCUGCUACAACUAUCCAAAAGUAGAUGCUUAAAAAAUUGUGACAAACAGAAGUUGCAAUCUCGAAGUGGGCUUACUUGGUUUUGAUCAGCUCAAGAGGAGUUGGAGUGGUAGAGAGAGAGAGGAAGGGGCCUGGAGAGGCUGUUGUUAUGCGGUGGUGGUGGUAUUGUGGAGGAGGUUGUGUGAAUUCUUGUGACUGUUGUCUGGUAAACAGCACAAGAAGGAAGAUAAAGGGUAUCAGCAGAUGUUAUCCAGUGAAAACCCUCCACCAAAUCCCUUGUCUUCUUCUCAAACAUCCCAACUGAAAAGUGCCAGCUGCAGCAGCAAUAUUUGUAGAGAUGGUGGUGGUGGUGGUGGCCGGCAACCUGCCGAGGAGGAGCUAGAUCUGAGCAAGUCAGGCCUUGAUGACAACAUCCCACUUCCCAAGUUCUCCAUAAGAGACUAUGUCUUCAAUGCUCGAAGAAAGGAUAUCGAAAACCAUUGGCCCUUUUCACCCGAAAAUUUGCAGCUUUGUCUUAAGCAUGGCGUGAAGGAUGUGUUACCUCCUUUCGAUUCUUCUGUCGAAAUUACUAACACGGCUGAUGCAACAGAGUUCAGUGAUCAUCGUUUGUGUGUCUCCUCCAACUAUGCCUGCGAAAAACUAGACUUGGAUAUCGAUCACAUUGAGGUUGAAGAAGAAAAUGGGAAUCCAUUAGCCUUUACUAGCCCUUCUGAUUCUGGUUUAAAUUCAGUUCCUGCUAUCAAAGCUCCAUACAUCGAGCAAUCCUCGGCUGAAAAGCGAGAACCUUUAGGUGUCCCGGCUUCAAACAAGGACGGUAUAAAUUUGCAAACCUCAGUUAGGAAGUGUAAGUUGAUUGGGAAGUUGAUCAGUGCUGCAGAGCCAAAGCAGAGCGAAGAUUCAUCGGUUGGCACUUCUGUGGCAUCGGAAACAAUGGUUUCGCAAGUGUGUCCGGUCUGCAAGACAUUCUCAUCUUCCUCCAACACUACUCUGAAUGCUCACAUCGAUCAAUGCCUGUCCGGCGAACCAGAGGUCAAAGUGAUAGAGAAUCCGAAAGCUGUGAAGUCUAACAUAAAGCCUAGGAAAAUCGUGUCGAUGGCUGAAAUAUAUGCAACAGCUGUCCCCUGUACUUUGGAGGAUCUGGACCGAAGAAAUGGGACAAACUGGGCGUCGAAUUUGGACAUCCUAGUUGAGGAUACAGAGGUGUGUCUUGAAGAGAAGAAUGGUGCAUCUUCUUCUGAGAAGAAUCUUGUAGGUGGCGGUGCAGCUGUGUACUUCGACUCCGAUGGGACAAAGCUCUGCAGUUUAUCGAAGUUUGGCGAUGAUCUUUGUCCUCCAAAGCUUGUCAAAACGAGCGAAGGAAGAGAGCCUCUCUCGGCUAAGAAAAAAAGGCAACUUGUUCAUAGGGACAAGCUCUCGAACACGCGUGAUCAGAUGAAAUUUGAUGAUUUUGGAAUGAUAAAACAGUGGUCGGGGUCCAAGAGAACUGGUCUGAAGAGGAAGGUCGAUUCAGACCACAGAAAUCAGUGUCUCGACAAGAUUGCAAAAGGUUCAACAUCGAGCAGGCGUUCGCCAGUGGUAGGUAAUAAGUUUGUCAAGAGAAGAUGUGAUACAAAUGUCGAAAGAAAGAAAAACCAGUCCACUUCUGAUGAUGAAUACAUCAAACAGCAUUGUCUGGAAAAGGGACACGGAUAUUCCUCGUUGGCAUAUCUUGACGGUCGUGGUAGGAAAAACAAUCUGAAGCUCCCAAAACAUGAUCUGCAUUCUACGAAAGAUGAUCCCUCAGUUCGUAAGCGCUGUAGUACUAAUUCUUGGUUUAGAAAGAAAAUGAGGAGUAGCAGUCCAGCCGGAAAUGGCAAUGGUUCUUUCGUCGAAUCAAGAAUCUUACACAGCGAUGCCAUCUCAUCCAAGGGUGAGAAAUUUUCGUCUGUAAAGAAAACAGUCUCGGAUCAUGCAAGUUCGCCGGGUGGUAAGAAAUCUUCGCCUUUGAAGAAGAAUGUCUUGUCUGCAAAGCAUGGAUCGGUUUCGCAAUUAGAAAGGUCGCGCACGAAGAACAUAGAUUACAAGAAACGGAGGAGGAUGCAUCGGGUGUACACAUCGGAUGAAGAUGCAGCUGAAAAUGCUUCUCAAAUCGAACAUGCUUCUCGUAAAUUAUUGACAGAUAGUGCUAAGAUUUUGGAAAUCCAAGAUGUCGAUGCCCCAGUGGAUAAAUCGAAUGUUCUGAAUCCGGUGAAAGAGUUGGAGAUUCGCGAUGAAGUUUCUUGUGAGCCAACUUCUAAAGUACUCGGUGGCGAACCACUUACGGCAUUUGGAAAUUCCUCGGAUCCUGAAUCUGUGCGACAUCCCGGUCUGCAUGAUCCGAAGAUGAAUUCGCAAGAUUGUGUUAAAGCUUACCAGGAACAUCGUCUGUCUGAUCUUGGCAAUGAGGAGAAUUAUAGUGCAGAGAAAGUUAGCAAAGGCGACGCAGGCGAAGCUCGGGGAAGUUACUGUGUUGACGUCGAUCCAAUACCUGUACCUAGCCCUCCCGGCUCGUUUCUGCCAAGUCCCGGGCGUAUGGGCUCGGAAGAACUUCAUGGGAAUUCGUCGCUGACUACUUGCAGGGUACUUUCUUCUGAAGACGACGAGCAUGAACUGGUUGAUGUGGAUAUGUCGGAUUCUCCUGUUUCUGCGACAUCGUUUGCUUCGAACUCUAUUGCUGCUGCUGCUGCUGCGCAAUCACAGGUCGUAGGCAUUUGUCGUGAUCAUUCUCAACGCAACGGCUCUGAAGAAAGCUGUGUUCCCUUUGAGCUAACUGAGCAGCAGCCGAAGCUCAUGGCGGACAUGGUUUUAAAGCGCGAAGCGAGCCCGGAUGGCGCAUUCAAGAUUGGCGAGCCGUGUUGUUGCUCCCGGAAGGAGCGAAAUGGAUCUUCGAAUGAUCAUCACGACUGGGAGCGUCUGCGGGGGCGACAGACCGUGUCUUUUCUUGAGCCUAUCCCUUCCCAGAAACCUUACGAUGUUAACCCGAGAUCAGAAUCAACACUUCCUCCGACCAACACGGUUAGUUCUCGCAAUUUGGAUGCUAAGUUUCCAGCUUACGGCGACUCUGAGCCUCCCACGCCGUCUAGCUCGAGUUCUGUACUCAGAUUGAUGGGGAAGAACUUAAUGGUCGUGAAAACGGAAGAAAAUCAAGAUCGAUCCUCCCAAAUCGCGCCUACAGUAUCAAAAAUGUGGUCGGAUGAUCAUCCAACUCUUCGAUCAAGUGUUAUCGCCGGUUCCAGCUUCAGGCCACCGGAAUGCUAUCUGUAUCCUCGACCGUUUACAUAUAAGAGUGGCGAAUACUCAGAUCAGCAUUGUCGAUUUGGACCACAGAACAGUACUCUUACUGGAUAUGGAGUCGAGAAAGCUCCAGCUCCGAUCUCUCAGCUUAGAACUGCGACUAUUUCUUCGAGCUUACAGCAGUGCAACGAAAUAAUCAUUCUUGACGACUCACCAGCAAAUGACGAGAGCUUAGCAUCGAUUAGAGCAUCAAGCUGCGAAGAUGUUCGAAUUUCAGCCGCGUCAGCUUACGAAUAUAGACAUGUGAAUCAUCGUCAUCCUUUCUAUGACUAUCAGACUGCGCCGAGUCUCCACAGCGGAUCGCAAAUGGUUACAUGGAAUCAUAAUCCGGGAGGAUCGAUUGCAGUUCAUCCGAAUUCUGCGCCACCACUGCCUGCAGGUCGUCAUCUCAGAUCUUCGCCUUAUGUUUUUUCGUCCUCCAGCUUCCGCCUCGACUGAUCGAUGUUCUGACAAAACGUAGACAUAAAACAUAUACUCUCUUUAUAUAUAUAUAUCUAUAUCUAUCUAUAUAUGUGCUGCAGAGAAAAGCAGCAAUCUAUCUGUAGGAGACUCUGGAAAGCAAGAAAUCUUUUGAAUAAACAUAACGUUGGUGGUUAAUGUUAUGCUUUAAUAAAUCCUUGGAUUUCUGCUUCA